ACGUGUACGUGUUCGCGCGCGCUCGUGUGUGUGUGUCUGUGUGUGUGUGUGUAUUUUUGAAUUCCACGCGGAUUGGAGAUUUCUUGUCCGCCGGUAAAUGUGAAUGUCGGCACGGAACACGGAUUUGAUGUAGACGCCGCGCUCCGGACGCAGCUCUCCACAUUGGGGCCCCCCACUUUGCAUUGGUACCAAACAAUGUCACGACGCAAACAGUCGAAUCCAAAGCCGUUGAAUAAAGGUGAUUGUUCCGAUACCACAGAAGAGAUGACCGUCGACAGCAGAGAAUCCAAAGAUUUGGGCGCACACGAGCUUAGCGAGGAGAAACAACAACAGCAGCCCCCUGAGGACGAGCAGCUGGAGAACCAAACUAACAACUCCUCCGAACAGCCCGAGGAGACUGACAUGGAUCAGGACAUGGUCGAGGAGGCGCAGGCAGCACAGGAGGUUAGCGCCCGUGUGGGCGACAGCUCGACGACGCCGCCGCGCAGUCCCACGCCCGAGCUGGUGCCCAAGCUGGAGCGGGCGGAUACGCCGGUGACGCCGCCUUCAGCGGCAGCCACGCCCAGUCCGCCGGCAACGCCCACGCCGCCGACAAUGCUGCCCAAGCUGCGUCUGAAUGCGCUGCUCGCCUCCGAUCCGGCUCUGAAGCCGGACGCCAAGGAGCUGCAUCCGCACGAGCCACGCCUGCUGGCGCCACCGCCGCAGCUGGCCAAGCCCGAGCCACAGCAGCAGCAGAUGCUGCCUGAUGCCAGCAGCCUGGUGGAGCCGCUGCUGAAGCCGGCGCGGUUUAUGUGCCUGCCCUGCGGCAUAGCCUUCAGCUCGCCCUCAACGCUGGAGGCGCACCAGGCUUACUAUUGCUCGCAUCGCAACAAGGACGCCGACGAGGAGACGCCCGCCGGCGACAAGUCGUCAUCCGGCACAGCAGCUGGCGCCGGCUCCGGCGGCGGCAGCAAUGCCAACAGCAGCUCCAGCGGCGGCAGCUCGGGCUCGGAGCCAGCCGCAAAAAUGGCACGGACGGGCAAGCAAUAUGCGUGCACGCAGUGCUCCUACAGCGCCGACAAGAAGGUCUCCCUCAAUCGGCACAUGCGCAUGCAUCAGACCUCGCCGGCGGCGGCGGCGCCCAGCCUCAACAGCCUGGUGGCCAACGGGGGCGUGGCUGCCACGGCCGAGGAUAGCUCUAGUCAACAAAUCGAUCGCUACUGCAGCGACUGUGAUAUACGCUUCAACAACAUCAAGACCUACCGCGCCCACAAGCAGCACUACUGCAGCUCGCGCCGCAGCGACGGACAGCUGACGCCCAAGCCGGAAGCGGGCGCCGGCACAAUUGGCGGCCCCGGCGCCGCAGCAACAGCUGUGGCAGCCACUGCCGCCGCUGGGGGCAAGCACAGCGGCGCCCACAGUCCGCAGAGCAGCACGCGCAACAAGACGCCCACGCCGGCAAUGGUUGCUGCUGCUGCAGCGGCUGCGGCUGCCGCUGCUGCCGCCGCCGCCUCGCUGCAGGUGGCGCCGCCGCAGCCCUUCCUGGCGCUGCCCACCAAUCCCAUCAUCAUAGUGCCCUGCUCGCUCAUACGCGCUGCCAGCCUAAUACCGGGACCACUCACCACCUCCACGUCGGGCAUUGUCAAUCCGGAAUCCACAUGCUUUACGCUCGACAAUGGCGCCCUCAAGCCGCUGGCUACGGCGCUGAAUAUCAAUGCCCUGACGGGCAAUGCCACGCCCACGGCCACGCCCAAUCCCAUGGCCAGCAACAGCAACCAGCAGCAGCAGCAGUUGGGCCUGGCCGCACAGGAGCCAGAGCGUCCGAGCGGCAUGGAGCCGGAGCCCAAGAGCAGUCCGCCGGAGCCGAAGCGCAAGGAAGCCGCCGGCAUACGGGAAACCACGCCGCUGGAUCUGUCGCUGCGUCGCUCGCCAAUUGCCGCGCUGCUGCAGCGCCAGCGUCUGGUGCGCUCCGCCGCUGCCGCCGCGUUGCUGGACGCCGAGGAGGCGCUACUGGGCGCUGGCAAAGAGAAUCUGGAGAUCGGCGGCGGCGGCGGCAGUGUGACGCCGGAGCAAAUUGUGUGCGCGCCCUCGCUGCCCAGCAGCCCCUCGAUGAGUCCCUCGCCCAAGCGACGCGCCAUCAGUCCGCGCAGCUCCGGAGCCGGCAGCGCCUCGUCCAUGUCGCCGCCGGCGCUGGGCGUGGCCGUGCCACAUCAUCUGCUGGAGAAUCUGCCGCCGUUGCGCUCGAUGCUGCCGGCGGACUUUGCGCUAACCGAAUCGCUGCUGGCCAAAACGAAUCCCGAGCUGGCGCUCAAGCUGGCAGCGGCCGCCGCCGCAGCCGUCGCGGGCAGCAGCAGCAGCAGCGCCGAGCUGGCCACCAAGCUGGGCGUCGCGCCCGGCAACCAGCAGCCGCAGAUCUAUGUCAAGCAGGGCGUCUCCAAGUGCAAGGAGUGCAACAUUGUCUUCUGCAAGUACGAGAACUAUCUGGCCCACAAGCAGCACUAUUGCUCCGCGCGCAACCAGGAGCCGGCCGGCGAGGCGGAUCCGAAGAGCGCCGUUACGCCGCCCGCCGCGGCGGAUCGCAGCGGAGCAGGCGCCGGACCGGGCGGCGCGGAGACGACGCCCGUGGCCUAUCAGCAGCUCAUCUGUGCCGCCUGCGGCAUCAAGUAUACCUCGCUGGAUAAUCUGCGCGCCCAUCAGAACUAUUACUGUCCCAAGGGCGGGGCCGCAGCUGCGGCAGCAGCGCCAGCUGAGGCGGCGACUGUGCCCCAGCUGAAGGAGAAGUGCGGCAAGUGCAAGACUCUCCAUGAGCCGGGCCAGCCGUGUGCGGCACUGCCGCCGCUGCCUACAGCCACGCCCCAGCUGCCGCCCGCCGUCGUCUCGAACAGCGUGAACAAGUGUCCGGUUUGCGGCGUCAUCAGUCCGACGGCGGCGCUGGCACGCAAGCAUAUGGAGAUGCACGGCACGGUGAAGGCGUUCCGCUGCAGCAUCUGCCAGUACAAGGGCAACACGCUGCGCGGCAUGCGCACCCACAUCCGCACGCAUUUCGACAAGAAGACCAGCGACGUCAACGAGGAGCACUACAUGACCUGCAUCUUCGAGGAGGAUGCAGCCGCACAGGCAGCCGCGGCAGCAGCCGCAGCCGCAGCAGCAGCAGCAGCACAGCCGCCGCCGGCAGCCUUGAGUCUGGAUCUGCCAGCGCAGGUCGAUCAGCACGAGCAGCAUCCGGCGCAGCUCUUCAACUGCGAUCACUGCAACUAUGCCUCCACCUACAAAGGCAAUGUGCUGCGCCACAUGAAGCUGCUGCAUCCGCACGUCGCCCUCAGUUCGCCCUCCAUUUCGCCCGAGUCGCGCGAACUGGACGCCAAUCCGCAUGCCCUGCCCGAAGUAGCUCUGGUCAACGGUGAGCGCGAGCCCAGCUUCCACAUCAAAUCGGAGCCCUUGGAGCAGCCGGUGGCGACGCUGAGUCUGGUGCAUGAGAACAACAACUCGCCGAUUGGAACGCCGCAUACGCACAUCAAGGCCGAGCCGCUGGACCUGGGCAUGGAACUGUCAACGCCCGCGCUGCCGCCGCCGAUAACCAACUCCCCGCUCGGGCCCAGCGCAGCGGAGGCCAUGAAGAAAUACUGUUCCACCUGCGACAUCUCGUUCAACUAUGUGAAGACCUUUCUGGCGCACAAGCAAUUCUACUGCAAGAGCAAGCUGCAUCGGCCCGAGGCCAACGACAGUCCCAGUCCCACGGUGCUCGUUGGCGGCGGGGGAGUCGGUGGCGUUGGGGGCAACACCAACACCAUGUUGCCACUGCAGUCGCCCAGCGAGCUGCUGCUGCUGCAGAAGAACAAGGAGAACCUGCAGGAGGCGGCCAUUUGAGAGAGCCAGCUGAUGUGGGAGGUGCAGCGCAAGCAGCUGGAAUGGUACUACAAGUGCUUCUAGCCCGACCACACAAAACGCAA